ACCUACAUAUAUGUGUGUAUGUAUUUAAGCUGUAAGCAUACGUAUAACACACUAUACACGUAUAAUAAAGACAUGCGAGAGAAAAUGGCAGAAAGCAAGUUGGCCGUGUCAAGGAAGGAGCUCCAGCUUUAGCCAGAAAUUUCAGUGCGAGUACAGUACCCGAGUUGUUGGAAAAAAUUUGGUUGAACGGUGAUAAAGUUAUGUUUGUGAUUUUUCAUUAAGAUAAUUUAUUGUAACCAAAAAGAUAUAAUAUGGCACCAAGAAGAGCUGAGGAGUUCCCUCUGAAGAGAGUUGCGGCAUUAGGCUGUCGUUUGCCAUCCCGUCUUCCAGCGGGAGAAAUUUUAACAGAUAUAACAGGAAACUUAUGGAGAUUAGGUAAUUCAAUAGGUUGUGGAGGUUUUGGAGAUGUUUAUCUUGCAUCAAAUGAUAUUCAUAAAUCAGUUGGUCAAAAUACUAAAUAUGUCAUUAAAAUUGAGCCACAUAAUAAUGGACCAUUAUUUGUUGAAAUGAAUUUUUACAUCAGAGCCGCAAGAAAACAAAUGAUUGACGAAUGGUGUAAAAUACAAAAUUUGCGUCAAGUUGGCAUACCAAGUUACGAAGGAUCAGGUUCUCAUAUCUAUAAGAAUGAACGGUAUCGAUUUUUAGUUAUACCCCGUUAUGGACAAGAUGUAGGAAAACUUUUUAUUUCAAACGGCCGAAAAUUAUCUAAAAAGCUUAUCAAUAGUUUAGCUGUUCAAAUGUUGUAUGCAUUGGAGUACAUUCAUAGUAAAGGUUAUGCUCAUUCUGAUGUGAAAGGAUCAAAUAUUUUGUUGAAAAAAAAUUACGAUUAUAGCUCUGAACUUGAAAAAACAAGAGCAUUCCUCGUUGAUUAUGGUUUAGCUUACAGAUUCCGUACCAGUAAUGGUGCACACAAACCAUUUUUUCACGAUGAAAGACGAGCUCACGAGGGAACAUUGGAGUUUACAUCUCGUGACGCUCAUCACGGCACACACUCAAGAAGAGGAGACUUGGAAACAUUAGGGUAUAAUCUACUUCAAUGGUUAUGUGGAAAGCUACCAUGGGAAGAUGACAAUGGGGGACUAUCUCCAUCCGCAAACCCAGAUGAAAUUCAUGACAAGAAAGAAAACUACUUAUUGGAUGUAGAUUCUUUCAUGAAAGCAUGUUUCCAGGACAAAAAGCCACCAGAAAAUAUAACGAAUUACAUGAAAUACAUUACCAAUCUUAAAUUCGAAUCUGAACCAGACUAUGCGUAUCUGCGAAGCUUGUUCAGACAAGAUAUGAGUUUUGAAAGUCUUUUCGGUAAAAGAAAGUCUUUUGCAAAUGAAAAUUCCGCAGCUAUCGAGAAAAGAAAUAACAGACCUAAUCUACGAGAGCGAAAACCCUGUAAACCCCUAAAUCGUGAAAUUCGAAUCACGCGAAAUACUCCGUCGUCAGUUGAACAGGACAAGGAGAUCGAUGACUUUAGAUGGGAGGAGGUGUUGGCCCGUCACCCAGACAGGCUGGCAAAGAUCAGUGCACAGCCACCCUCGUCACCGCUCACUCCGCCGCCGUCGCCGCCGCCCCCGACACUCCCCACCUACGCCAUGCUCGCCGUAUUGCAGCGAAUGAAGGAGCGACAAACUGGUUUGGUGAGACAGCGAACGAACUCCAAGUCUUCCGAUAAUGAACUUAAAGCAAAGUGGAUGACACCAGCUAUGGAAGAGGUAGCUCUGUUACGAAAAAAGAAUCAGGAGCAGCUUGACAAUAAUGUCAAUGAAACCAAAAGACUAACGCGUUCUCGUGUUGCGCAGCUUAAACGAAAGAGACCUAGUAGUGGUAAACAACAGGAGUCGAAAAAUAUUUCUAAUCCUAACGCGUUCUCGUGUUGCGCAGCUUAA